AUGGUUGGACUGAAAAGGAACGAGCUACUAGCAAGUAGUGAUCUGUAUUUUGAAGGGAUGGAGGAGUACUUCCUUCUGGAAUCCGAAGCCUCCAAGCUCGGCGUCGACGUCAGCAAGCUGGUGGGGUCGUCGAUGUACAGAUUUAUGUUCAGGGCAGCGUUGGAGAUGGCGGCGGCGGAGGUGAUGGCGAAUAAUAAGGAACCGAUGUUGAGGGAGAUCAUUUACGCCUUACGGGUUCAAGGAGAAGGGAAGAGCUCUGGAUCAUUAAAGCUCGCAUUGUUCACUGCUCCAGCAGUCGCUCUAGUCCUCACUCUAGCCUGGCUUCUAUUCGCGAGCUAUAUGAACUUCAAGCACGAAUUGUCCGAUUUAGAGCUCAGCCUGGAGAGGGAUAAGAAGAAGGAAGAAGAAGCAGAGCCAAAAUGGAACGUCUCGUUUCACCAAUUUGAGAUCCAGGCGGAUGAGAUAUUGGAUCUCGACAAGCAAUUUGAAAGAAGAAAAUGUGAUUGGCUUUGGAGGUGCAGGGAAAGUCUAUCGCUUGGAAUUGAAUUAGAAGGGAACCACAGUUGUCGUGAAGAAGCUAUGGAAGGGAGAUGGGUUGAAGUUUUUCGCGGCCGAAAUGGAGAUCUUGGGGACGAUUCCGGGCUCUGCUCUGGCGAGUGCAGCGUCCUCUGUUUAUGCCGCAGCGGAACAGGGGAGCUCUAUUUUCACCGGGAGCAACUGGGCGGCGUCGGCGGCGAUGGUGAACGAGAAUUCGGUCGGGAGAUCGGGUUUGAGAAACAGAUCGAUUCAAAUUCCCCGAGGAACGCGGUGCUGAACCUGAUCAAGAGGGUGAAGCCGGACAUAUUCGUGCAGACCGUGAUCAACGGCGCGUACAACGCGCCCUUCUUCGUGACGCGGUUCCGGAAGGCGAUGUUCCACUUCUCGUCGUUGUUCGACAUUUUCGAGUGCACACUGGGGCGGGAGGACCCGAAGAGGAUGAUGUUCGAGAGGGAGAUCUUCGGGCUGAGCUGA